AUGGGCCUACGUCGCUGGAUGGCGCUAGCCGCCAUGUCCGUCCUCGCCACCAGCGUCGCUGCUGCUGCGGCCGAGACGACACUGGCGCCCGGCACCGCGCUCUACACUGACGCAGUGACAUACUGUGCAGAGCCAGUGGCCAUUAUCGUCGAGUCCAUGGACAUUGGCUAUCACCGCGACAACAAUUCCCUCACGUUUUCGUUUUCGUUUGCGUCCAUUGAAGACAACCUCAACGUCACGGCCAACAUCUACUUGAACGACUAUGGCAACACGCUCGCAAAUGUGACUGUUGAUCUGUGCGAGUUCCUGUCAGGUGUCCUGUGUCCCCUGCCUCAGGUCAACUUUACGGGCUAUGGCACUUACCCUAUGCCGUCCGACCUGUCGGCCAAGAUCCCCAGCAUUGCAUGGACAGUCCCCAACCUCGAGGCAUACGCGCGCGUCGAGCUCAUCAACCAGGCGACCGGCGACGUCGCAGCGUGCGUCCAGGCCACGCUCUCGAAUGGCUGGUCGACAAAGUACAAGGGCGUCUCGUGGGGGUCGGGCAUGUUCACACUUGCGGCGGUGCUUGUGGCGCUCGGGCACGCCGUGUGGGGCAAGUCGACGUCACCAGCGUUGUAUCGGUGGUUUGACGUCCUGUUCCUCUACCAGACGGCGGCCGCGGCGGGGCUCAUGCACCUCAACUACCCGUUGGUGUUUAGCAACUUUGCCCAAAACUUUACCUGGGCACUGGGCCUGCUGCACUCGGCCAAGAUGCAGACGAGCAUCAGCAAGAUGCGCGACAAGACGGGCGGACAGCUGUCGGACAGUGCAUACACCGAGGUCCAGUACAUUAACCGCAAGCUGUCGCCGUACAACGUCCUCACGUACAACAUGACCAAGGAGCUGUCCACCACAAGCACAGCAAAGUCGUUCCUCGCCAACGUCAUGACUACAAACCACGCCGACGCCGCCCACACACGCCGUGCCGCCAUUCCUUCCCUCAUCGACCAGCAAAGCGCGUCCGACCUGACAACCGGUAUCCCGGUCUACGUCAACUCGGCCAGCAUUCCGCUGGCCAACGCGUACGACACCAUCUUUUCUGGUUCCUCGCGUUCCAGCAGCAAGCAGGACUCGUGGGCGUCGCGCCUGCGUCGCCAGUGGUGGCCCUUUUGCAUCGCCAACGCACUGCGGUGCGCCUUGGGCUUCUUCUUCCCCAUCUUCAUCUUUGGCUUUUACCAGUGGACGAUCGGCCGCAAGGACUCUGGCCUGUCAAUCUUCUGGUCUGUCCUCGGCAUGUUGCUGGUCUUUGUGCCCCUCGUGUGGGCCUUGACAGUCGAAAUCCUCAAGUCCCGCCUCGAGUCGUACAACAGGCCCGACGUCUCGGAGCUGUACACCAACUAUGACCGCUGCCACUGGUUUUGGUUUGCGCCGCUGCUCCUGGCGACCAUUGCGCGCGCUGGGUUUAUCGCGUUUGGCCAGUCGAACCCAUGGGCACAGGUCAUUGGCUGCCUUGUGGUCGAGUUUAUUGUAUUCGUGUCCCUCAUUGUGUGCAGGCCACACAAGGACCGCAAGGGAGACUGGCUGGCUCCAGUCUUGAGCUUUUUCCGCAUGGCUCUGUUUGGCCUCUUGGUGGCGUUUAUCGAGAGCGUCAACCUCAAGGCUAUCCCGCGUACCGUCAUUGGCAUCGUCAUGAUCGCCCUGGUAGGCAUCCCCACGGUACUCCUCCUCGCGGGCCUGAUCUUCAACCUUGGCUACGGCUUGCUGUGGCGCCGCAACAAGGCCAGGUCAGAGGCCAGGCCCGAGGACGGCACCCUCCUCGACGACCCCUUCUACGAAUCGGCACAGGAGAUGCGUGCCGAGAACAACACCUUUGUCACCAUGGUCGGCAACGAUGCCACCAACAGCAAAGACAACAGCACACCCGAUUUCAGCACAGACAACAGCGGGUCCAACAGCGACCUCGCACCAGCCACACAGCACGCUCCCCUACCGGCAACAACGUACGAUGCGUACACUGCCUCUGCCAUGUACUCGGACGCAGCAGCGGGUAGGAGCAACCGCUACUCGUAUGGCGACGACCGCUUGGGUAGGGCAGUUUAG